AUGGUACAACCCAUAUACUUCAAUGGAGGAACUGCGUUCUCUGAUCCCAGGUGGAGUGGAGGGCUGACCCAGGAUCAGUCCAGGUGUGGUAUGUGUGAGCAGGUUCUGAGAGAUCCAGUCUCUACCAGCUGUGGACACAGUUUCUGCAGACAGUGUAUCAGCACGUACUGGGAACAGUCUGGUCCAUCAGGAGACUAUGUCUGUCCCCAGUGCAGAAAGAGAUCCAGAACACCUCCUGUUCUACACCAACACAAAGUCUCCAACUCUACAUCAGAUGAUGUCCUGCUGAGAACUAUUGAGGCUCAUAAAACCAUCAUGAAAAAGAAGUGUGAAUACUUAUUUGAAGGAAACACACUACGAGGAGACCACACCCUCCUCAACAGGAUUUACACAGAGCUCUACAUCAUAGAGGGAGAGAGUGAAGGAGUGAAUGAAGAACAUGAAGUUUUACAGAUUGAGACAGCAUCCAGGACACAAAGUUCACGAGACAUACCAAUCAACUGCAGUGACAUCUUCCAACCCUUGACCACUCAGGAACAUACAGGGAACAGAAAAGAGAAAGAAAUCAGAACUGUGCUGACCAAGGGCAUAGCUGGUAUUGGAAAAACAGUCACUGUUCAGAAGUUUAUUCUGGACUGGGCAGAGGGAACGACCAAUCAGGACAUUGAUUUCAUGUUUGUACUUCCUUUCCGGGAGUUGAACUUAAUAAAAGAUGAGCACUACAGUCUUCAUGGACUUCUGCUAGAGUUUCAUCCAGAACUGAGAGAUCUGGAUCCAAAGAAAUAUAAUGUUUGUAAAAUGCUGUACAUCUUUGAUGGUUUUGAUGAGAGUCGACUUCAGUUGGAUUUUUCUCAGAGGUUGUGUGAUGUGACCACACCAUCAUCAGUGAAUAUACUGAUAUCUAACCUCAUUCAAGGAAAUCUUCUUCCCUCUGCACUCAUCUGGAUAACCUCCAGACCAGCAGCAGCCAGUCAGAUUCCCUCUCGGUUCAUCAGUCGUGUGACAGAAAUAGUAGGAUUCAAUGAUUCACAGAAAGAAGAAUACUUUAGAAAAAGAGUCAGUGAUGAGAGUCAAGCCAACAGAAUCAUCUCACACAUCAAAACAUCAAGGAGCCUCCACAUCAUGUGUCACAUCCCAGUGUUCUGUUGGAUUUCAGCCACUGUGCUUCAGGAAAUGCUGCGUCAAGACAAUAUAAAUGGGAUUCCUAAAACUCUGACUGAAAUGUACACACACUUCCUGCUCAUUCAGACAAACAUGAAGAACCAGAAGUAUGAAGAGAGACAUGAGACCAGCCCAACAAAUCUUCUGGAAUCAAGCAAGGAGAUCUUCCUUAAACUCGCUAAACUGGCAUUCGAACAGUUGUUGAUUGGCAAUGUUAUGUUUUACGAGGAGGAUCUGAGAGAAUGUGGCAUUGAUGUGAGUGAUGCCACAGUGUACUCUGGGAUUUGUACGGAGAUCUUUAAGGAGGAAUCAGUGUUUCGUCAGAAGAAGAUCUACUGCUUUGUGCACCUGAGUGUUCAAGAGUUCUUUGCUGCUCUCUAUGUGUUUUACUGCUAUAUAAGCAAAAACAUGGAGGCACUGAAGUAUUUUCUGAAGAAAAAGACCAGAGCUGUGCCAGAGAAUGUGUCCUUGGAUGAGUUACUUAAGGGAACAGUGCAUAAAGCCUUGGAGAGUAAGAAUGGACACUUAGAUCUGUUCAUCCGCUUCCUUCAUGGAAUUUCACUUGAGUCCAACCAGAAACUCCUACAAGGUCUACUGACACAUACAGAAAACAACCCAGAGAGCAUUAAGAAAGUGAUCCGAAACCUUAAAGUGACCCAAAAAAAGAACCCUCAUCCUGAAAGAUGCAUCAAUCUACUGCAUUGCUUGACUGAAAUGAAUGACUGCUCAGUUCUAGAAGAAAUUCAUGCUUUUCUUAAAUCAAAGAAGUCUAAAACAAAGCUCACACUUGCACAGUGUUCAGCAUUGGCCUACAUGUUUCAGAUGUCAGAGGAGGUGCUGGAUGAGUUUGACCCAAAAAAAUACAACACGUCAGAUGAGGGUCGUAGGAGACUGGUCCCAGCUGUGAGAUGCUGCAGAAAAGCUCUACUUGCUGGUUGUAAACUCACUGAACAGUCCUGUGAAGCUGUAGCCUCAGUUCUACAGUCAGUAAACUGUCCCCUGAGAGAACUGAACCUGAGUUACAAUGACCUUAAGGAUUCAGGAGUGAAGUCUCUCUGUGUGGGCCUGAAAAAUCCACACUGUAAACUGGAGAUACUGAGGUUGUCUGGCUGUUUAGUGACAGAGGAAGGCUGUUCUUCUCUGGCUUCAGCUCUGAGUUCAAACCCCUCACACCUGAGAGAGCUGGAUCUGAGCUACAAUCACCCAGGAGACUCAGGAGUGAAGCUGCUCUCUGCCAGAGAGAAGGAUCCACACUGUCGACUGGACACACUCAAUGUGGAUCAUGGAGCAGAGUUCAGGAUCAGACCAGGAUUAAAAAAAUAUGCCUGUGAUCUGACACUGGACCCAAACACAGCAAACACAGACCUCUCUCUGUCUGAGGGGAACAGAAAGGUGACAUGUGAGUGGAAGACACAGUCGUAUCCUGAUCAUCCAGAGAGAUUUGAUGGUUACUGUCGUCAGGUCAUGUGUAGAGAGAGUCUGACUGGACGCUGUUACUGGGAGACUGAGUGGAGUGGAGUUGAUGUUUAUAUAUCAGUGACAUAUAAAGGAAUCAGGAGGAAAGGAGGGAGUGAUGACUGUGGGUUUGGACACAAUGAAAAGUCCUGGAGUCUGAGAUGCUCUGGUAACAGUUACACUGCCUGUCACAAUAAACAGACAACUGACAUACCUGCCCCCCCCUCACACACACACAGAGUAGGAGUGUAUCUGGACUGCUCGUCUGGAACUGUGUCCUUCUACAACGUGUCCUCUGACACACACACACUCACACACAUACACACAUUCCACUGCACAUUCACUGAACCCCUCUAUGCAGGGUUUUAUGUUUAUUAUGACUCCUCAGUGUCUCUGUGUCAGAUCAAAUAA